CUCUACUCUGAACAUUAGUUUUGAGAACUUACUAGUCGACGGACUAUGUAAAUCAACCUGAUGCAUCAGCAAGAAGUUCUGGCCAGGACACAUGAGUGACUGCUGCUAUGCCUAGGAGAAAACUGUAUAGACUGGUUGCUGUGAGCUUUGGACUCCUGUGUGUCCUACAAGCUGCUCUCAACAUUUCCCUACGUCUCUACACCUCUGACAGUAAGACAGCAGAUAUAGAGGUCUGCUGCACAAACCUGACUUGUGAGCUGAAGAGAGAACUGUUUAACUUUGAUCACUAUUUCCAACAAGGAUGGGUGUAUUUCCAUCCCAGUUUCUAUUACAUUUCUUCCAACAAGAAAUCCUGGCAGGAGAGCAGAGCUGACUGUCUGCGGAGAGGUGCAGACCUGGUCAUUAUAAACAGCAAAGAAGAGCAGGAUUUCACAAGAAAAUUCCACAAGCUCACAUGGAUUGGACUGACUGACAGAGAAACCAAAGGGACGUGGAAAUGGGUGGAUGGCACUCUGCUGACCAAAAGUUUCAGCUACUGGAAUCCUGGGGAGCCAAAUGAUUUUGAAGGCAAAAAUGAAGACUGUGUAGAAAUAAAGUUCCAUGACGUGGAGAACAGUUGGAAUGAUAUACCAUGUGGAGAUCAAAACUUCUGGAUCUGUGAAAAGAGGAUAGCUUCAUAACUCACCAUAUAAAACUCUGAAAAGCUGAAAUUCACUUAAUGUUUAAACUGAAAGCACAAGUUCACAUUUCACAAUCCUUUGACUCUGUGCGUAGGAGUCAGUUGGAUGUUGGAUGGAGGAAUGAUGUAAUGUUGAGUUUUUGACUUCUAGUAGCGCUACGGAGCUGUUUUUAUAUGACUGGGUUCCCGUUUUGUCCUCUUGAACGCGAACAAGGACACACAUGCACAUAUAUAGAUACAGAAUCACAGCAAUGCACCAACAUAUGCACUGAAGGAGAAGAGUGCUUGCUAGUAAAAAUGAAUGCAAACAAUGCAGGUUCCAAACAAGUGUGUUGGUAGGAAGGAAAUGUACUCAUCACAUUUUGUUAGACCGCAAUGAUCCAGGGCCCCUUUAAUUACAGUACAUGCAUACCUUAUUUUAUGGAGGUGCUGCUGUAAGGCUCUAUUUGACUAAAUUAUUACACUGACUUAUUUGUAUGUACAAUGUUACUGUAAAGUAAAAGCAAUGCACGGAAUAAGUUAGCUACCCAUGUCUUUACAGGGAUAAUAACAAUUGAAUGUGUGUAUGUGUAAUGUAUGUUGAAAGUGUUGUUUCCACAGAUGCUUUGAACCCCAUCUGAUCAUCCAGAGGGUAUUAAAUUAAUUAACCAACAUUGUUACUGUCCAUAUCUAAUAAUAAACACUUUGUCAUUUAA